AUUUAACUUGAUGCUUUCUCGAUAAAAAUCAUCUGCUUAAUUACCAAAAUCAUUCGGAAAGGCUAAUUUCCAUUUCUUAGUAAAAGUGGAGAUCAAGAUAAGCCCAAAUUUAUCUGCAAUCAAUUCUCAAAAGGCUAGCUUUCUUUGCCAUAGUUUCUUGAAUUUAAAACAUCCGACACCCGGUUUUGGAAAGGACAUUAACAACAACGACGUUAUAAGUUCAAUUCAGCUCAACUAGCAACAAUUCCAAAUUUCAAAAAAUUUUGAAAUGCGAAUGGACAUGAUAAAUGAAAUGUCUGAUUUAUUGGAUAAGAAUAUUCGCAUUAUUCGGUAUGGUGCCCCAAUAUUAGCAGCUACUGGUAUUAUAAUAAUCCUCAGAAGGACCCAUGCUUUUUCUCUCUACAAAAAUGUCCAUGAAAUACCAGAUCAUCUGAUAUUGAGGAACAAAACUCUUCGAGGGAUUGCUAAAGAUGUUGUUAGCAGUAAUGUAAUAAAAGUCCAACAUUUACCAAUAUUCUUCAGAAACCUUGAAGCAAGGAAGGAAUAUUUUGGACAAAGUCUAUCACCAAUUGAUGUAAGCAUUGUUGGAAUUCAACCCUGUGAUGGUUGUCAUGAACACAUGCAAAAGAUGCUACUGAACAAAUACCUGAAGAUAGUGCCUCUUGGUCUGAACAAUGACAAAUUACAAGCUAUUGUUUACGUAAAAGAGGGAUGGUUAAGGCGUGCAACUUGCGUUAAUAAAGAGCUUAUCGAAAGAGGACUUGCUCUGGUGGCACACAGUGAAGAAUUGGCAGAUAGCAAAGCUUUUCAAAAAUUAUCUAAAAUUCUACUUGCUGUAGAAGUUCGUGCUGAAAAACGAGGACAAGGGAGAUGGAAAAAGGAAUCAAGAUAUGAAAGACUUUGCAACUGGUUUAAGGAGACGGCAUCAAAUUUUUAUGGCCGUCUGAAAGGCUCUUAGAAUGUUUCCUUUUUGCAUGUUAAACUUGGCCAAAACUGACCAGCCAAUCAAAUCAGCAUACUGCCCUGUCACAAUGAUGUAACUAUGUCUUUGUGUUUUGGAGGUGAGGGGGUUGGGGGCAACAACGAUAGGGUGUAUUACUGUGCGUGGGUAUGUUAUCAUAAUGAAACGUUAUUUGUUCUGGAAGAUUCAAGAAAGUAUCUAGCAGGGACUCCGACGGAAACUUUUUUUGGAAAAUAAUAGAACUUUCUUGCAUCUCAAAUCUUUAUUGCAUUUCAGAACACUAACAAAUCUUUUGUUAUUUCCUUUAAUUUGCCCCUCCUACUUUCCAAGUUGG